UUGCUAGAAUAAUACAGUCUGAGCCGCAAAAAAACAGGUGAAUGACUGCCAGGAUUAUUUCCACGCAAUAUAACAGCUGUCGACGCCCGUCAACGUUCCGGUCCUAUAGCAAGUCUAUUUCGUAAUGAGGUUGUGUUAUUUUUAUGGUAAUUUCAAUGCAAAAUAAAGCUCCAUUCCUUAAACGAUCCCAUGAGCGUAAACACUCGGAGUACCGGGGGAGACCAGGAUUAGUUACAGGUGGAGGCUGCUGACAGUGCAGCUCGGAGAUUCUCUACAGUGAGAGGAGACUUUCCACACUGACCAAGGAGCCAGCUUCUACACGAAGGGGGGUCUGAGCUCUCUCCUGCACCUCCUGACCGCGGGGCGCCAUGUCGGCGGCGGUGUCGGGGGAGGAGAUCCUGUCCAGCACGCGGCAGGUGAUCGCGGGGCUUGAGGCCCUGCGCGGGGAGAACCACACGCUCCUGACCAGCCUGCAGGAGGCGCUGAGCCGCCGGCCAGCGGGGGAGAGCGGCGGCCUGGAGCUGGAGAAGAGCGGCCUCGUGCGGGAGUCGCUGGAGCGGAUCGAGCUGGGCCUGGACGAAGCACAGGUGAUGAUGGCCCUGUCGGCCCACCUGAGCUGCCUGGAGGCGGAGAAGCAGAAGCUGCGGGCGCAGGUGCGCCGCCUGUGCCAGGAGAACCAGUGGCUGCGGGACGAGCUGGCGGGCACCCAGCAGCGACUGCAGGAGAGGGAGCAGGAGGUGGUGGCCCUGGAGGAGCAGAACCGGCACUUGCAGUUCAUGAGCAGCAUCAAGAAGUACGACCAGGAAGAGCCCCCGCCGGACGAAAAGGAAACUGCCUCCAGCAAAGACUCAUUGGACGACCUCUUUCCCACCGACGAGGAGGAACCAUCCCAGAUCUCCCAGCAGCACAGCAGCGGGGAGGCCGCGGCCCAGCAGGGGGGCUACGAGAUCCCGGCGCGCCUGCGGACCCUCCACAACCUGGUGAUCCAGUACGCCUCCCAGGGCCGCUACGAGGUGGCCGUGCCGCUGUGCAAGCAGGCGCUGGAGGACCUGGAGAAGACCUCCGGCCACAACCACCCCGACGUGGCCACCAUGCUCAACAUCCUGGCCCUGGUGUACAGAGACCAGAACAAGUACAAGGAGGCAGCGAACCUGCUGAACGACGCGCUGGCCAUCCGGGAGCAGACCCUGGGCGUGGACCACCCUGCGGUGGCAGCCACUCUGAACAACCUGGCAGUGCUGUAUGGGAAGAGAGGGAAGUACAAGGAGGCCGAGCCGCUGUGUAAGAGAGCGCUGGAGAUCAGGGAGAAGGUUCUGGGCACAGACCACCCUGACGUCGCCAAGCAGCUGAAUAACCUGGCGCUGCUGUGUCAGAACCAGGGCAAGUACCAGGAGGUGGAGCAGUACUACGAGAGGGCCCUGCACAUCUACCAGAGCCGCCUGGGCCCGGAUGAUGCCAACGUGGCCAAGACCAAGAACAACCUGGCCUCCUGUUACCUGAAGCAGGGAAAGUACCGGCAGGCAGAGGCUCUGUACAAGGAGAUCUUGACGCGAGCCCACGAGAAGGAGUUUGGAUCAGUAGAAGGUGAUGGGAGGCCCAUGUGGUUCCACACAGGAGACGGGAGCUCUCGACAGGACGGUCUGGGCAGUCUCAAACGCAGCGGCUCGUUCACGAAGCUUCGCGAGUCCAUCCGCAGGAGCAGCGAGAAGCUGGUCCGCAAGCUGAAGGGCGUGGGCGCACAGGACAGCAGCCCCCGCAAUCCCGGGUACGCGAAGGGCAGUACCGCUGUGGGGCUUGGGGCUGGAGCCCUUCUGAACCCGAGCUGCCACGCUGCGUCUAACGCACAGAGCGCCAUCGUGUGCGAUCGCGCUGUCUUUAAGUAGCAGAUGACUGGGACUGCGGCACGCCACCAACCCUGAAACAGAGCAUGCUCAAACACUGCACUGCCCGGGCUUGGGGAUCACGCGCAAGUUGAUAAUGUUGAAAGCACGAAUUUUUGCCAGGCACAUGAGGGAAGCAGAUUUUUCAGCUCCUGUUCGCAAUUGAUCUCUUUACAGGUCGUAGGGGGGUGUUAUUAGAUGAGGUGAGAUGACAACUGGGAUUGGAAAAAUUAACACCAACACUGUUAAACUGUAAACAAAAUACAUCUCGGAGAACAAAGGCUGGUUUGUUGCCCUGGAUUGUAGAACUGCUAAGCUGUCACGUUAUAAGCAGAAAAUCCGCCAGUAGCAUGUGUUAGUUGUUUGUCAAAUUAGAGAGGCCUGUGUGAGUUUGCCAGAGAGCUGUGAAGUUUGGCCUCUCUCAGCCCCAUCUCUGCUGAAGUGAGCAAAAACUGACGAAAAUGUAUCAGGGGGGCAAUUAUCUAAGUUGACAAACCCUCCUGCAAAAAGGCACAAAUGGUUUUUGUUGAGAGGCUGUUUGGUAACUAAAAUAAUCUUUUAGCUGUGAGGGGACACAUUUUAUGUAAGUAGGGAGUGUUGGAGGUUUGAUCUCUGUUGGGUAACUCUUGGACACAGCACUUGGACACAAUCAUCCUUGGAAAGAAAGGAUUCAAGAUUCGAGAUUUUUAUUUGCCGUAUACAACACAUGUAUUGGAAUGCUUACUCGUUUCAGCUGUACCCAGUAACAGUAGGAGAAAAAACAGGCACAAAUGACAAACAGACAUGGACAAUACAUUUAGACAAUAGACAUUAUAAUAGAGCCAAGACAGGGCAUAGUGCAAACAGUGCAGUACCUUAAAGUGCAGGUGCUAAUUUGAGCUGUUUAAGAUGCGGACUGCCUGGGGGAAGAAAUUGUUUUUGAAUCUAUUGGUCAGUGUUGUGAUACUGCAAUUCCUCCUACCAGAACCCAGAGGUGAAAACAGGUUGUGGCCAGGGUGAACUGGGUCCUGAAGUAUAGCUCGAGCCCAGCUGUGGCAGCGCUCGAGAUAUAUCCGGUCGAUGGAGGGUAGCUCGGUCUGCGCGGACCCCUCUGUAUGACUUUUCUGUCCUGUACUGUGGCUCCACCAUACCACACCGUAAUACCACCGGUCAGGACACUCAAUGGUAUUACGGUACAAAUUGGUGUGUUGUCUUGCUCAUCCCCCACUUCCUUAACUGUCUCAGGAAGUGAAGUGAAGGUGCUGGUGGGCUUCAGUGAGGAUGGCAGCAGUGGUCUCUGACCAG